GCGGGCGAGGCACCCGGGCAGGCCGAGGAUUCCGCGGCUGCGGGCGGGCACGCCCCGCCCCUCCCGCGCCGGGCCCGCCCCCUCCCCGUCCCCCGCCCGUCCGGAGGUGCAGCCGGCGCUGAGCGCGGCAGGCGCGGGAGCGGGCGCUGGAGCCGGAGCGGCGGCGGCGGCGGCAUUCACGGGGCGGCGGCGGCGGCGCGGGCUCCGGCACGGUCUCGGGCUCCGGCAUGGUGCAGUCCGGCCUCGUCCCGGGAGAGCGGGGCCCGCGCGCGGGGCCGGCGCCGGGGGAGCGGCGGCAGCGACGGUGGCGGCGGUGGCUGCAGGCGCAGGCAGGCGGCAGGUGCUAGAAGCCGGGCUGGGCGAGGUGUGUGCCCGCUGGGCUCCGGGGCCGCCGCCCCCUCGCUGCCCUGAUCUUUCCCUCCCUUUGGGCUUCCCAGCGCGUCCAGCCCCCUGUCUCCGCGCCCCAGCCCAUGGCGCCCCGCGGUUGAGCCGGCGCCGCCAGGGACCCCUCCCGCGGGCCUCCCCGGGGCGCGCAGAUCCCGGAGCCGCCCGCCCACCCUCCGCGGAGCCUCCCUCCUCUCCUCGCCCGAGCCGGGCGGGACCAUGGCUGCGAAGCUGCGAGCGCAUCAGGUGGACGUGGACCCGGACUUCGCGCCGCAGAGCCGGCCGCGCUCGUGUACCUGGCCCCUGCCGCAGCCCGACUUGGCCGGCGACGAGGACGGAGCGCUGGGUUCAGGGUUGGCUGAGGGCGCCGAGGACUGUGGGCCGGAGCGCCGGGCGACGGCCCCGGCGAUGGCCCCAGCGCCGCCGCUGGGCGCGGAGGUCGGACCGCUGCGGAAAGCGAAGAGCUCCCGGCGGAACGCGUGGGGGAACCUGUCCUACGCCGACCUCAUCACCAAAGCCAUCGAGAGCGCCCCGGACAAGCGGCUCACGCUCUCGCAGAUCUACGACUGGAUGGUCCGUUACGUGCCCUACUUCAAGGAUAAAGGCGACAGCAACAGCUCGGCCGGCUGGAAGAACUCCAUCCGGCACAACCUGUCGCUGCACACCCGUUUCAUCCGCGUGCAGAACGAAGGCACUGGCAAGAGCUCGUGGUGGAUGCUGAACCCCGAGGGCGGCAAGACGGGCAAGACCCCGCGGCGCAGGGCCGUGUCCAUGGACAACGGGGCCAAGUUCCUGCGCAUCAAGGGCAAGGCGAGCAAGAAGAAGCAGCUGCAGGCACCUGAGCGGAGCCCUGACCAUAGUCCCCCGGGCGCAGCAGCCCCGGGGCCCUUGCCUGCAGCGGCCAAGUGGGCCACCAGCCCGGCCUCGCACGCCAGCGACGACUACGAGGCGUGGGCCGACUUCCGCGGCGGCGGGAGACCCCUGCUCGGGGAGGCGGCUGAAUUGGAGGACGACGAGGCCCUGGAGGCCCUGGCGCCGUCCUCGCCGCUCAUGUACCCGAGCCCGGCGAGCGCGCUGUCACCCGCGCUGGGUGCGCGUUGCCCCGGGGAGCUGCCCCGCCUGGCCGAGCUGGGGGGCCCGCUGGGGUUGCACGGCGGCGGCGGCGCGGGGCUGCCCGAGGGCCUGCUGGACGGCGCGCAGGACGCGUACGGGCCACGGGCCCGCGCCGGGACGCCCGCCUACUUCGGGGGCUGCAAGGGCGGCGCCUACGGCGGGGGCGGGGGCUUCGGGCCGCCGGCGCUGGGCGCGCUGCGCCGCCUGCCCAUGCAGACCAUCCAGGAGACCAAGCAGGCCAGCUUCGCGCCGGCCGCCGCGCCCUCCCGCCCCCCCGCGGGCAGCCCCGCGGCGGGCGCGGCAGCCGCCUACCCCGGCAAGGGGGCGGCCCCGUACGCGCCGCCGGUGCCCUCGCGCAGUGCCUUAGCCCACCCCAUCAGCCUUAUGACGCUGCCCGGCGAGGCGGGCGCCCCGGGCCUGGCGCCGCCGGGCCACGCGGCCGCCUUCGGGGCCCCGCCCGGCGGCCUCCUGCUGGACGCGCUGCCUGGGCCGUAUGCGGCCGCUGCCGCCGGGCCGCUGGGUGCCGCGCCCGACCGCUUCCCGGCAGACCUGGACCUCGACAUGUUCAGCGGGAGCCUCGAGUGCGAUGUCGAGUCCAUCAUCCUCAACGACUUCAUGGACAGCGACGAAAUGGACUUCAACUUCGACUCGGCCCUGCCUCCGCCGCCGCCCGGCCUGGCCGGGGCCCCGCCCCCCAAUCAGAGCUGGGUACCGGGCUGAGGGCCGCCUCCCGCGCCCUGGGUGCCGGCCCCGCCCCCGAGGGGCCUGUGUCUUCCCAUCCUGAUCCCCGGAUCCCCACCCCCGACUCCAGCUCCACGGGAGGAUCCAGGAGGCAGCCCCAGCCCAGCUAGAGACAUCCCUCCGAAGCUGACCGCCGAGGGAAGUGGUGGGGAGGGGCUUGGGCACCCCGCCACUCCUGCCCAAACUCCUGAGACCCACUCCUCCUCCUCCCUGGGCAGGAAGCCUGGGAGUGGAGGCUGAAUUCCGGGCUGGGUGGAAUGCGGAGGAGCAAGCGGCCGCGCCGGUCUGGGAAGCCAACCCGGAGAUGGGGCGGGGGUCUCCGAAUCUUCAGUUUCAUUUGCGGGGCCCUCACCAUGACGAAUUGCCCACCCCAAACUGCGCUCUAGUUCCCAAGUGACACUUUCCCACUGGUCUUAGCCUCACCCACCUCAAGCCAGCAAUCCCCUCCCGAAAACACACUCACACCUACCUACUGGCUGCUCCCCUUGAGCUGUCCGCCUUCAGCCCUACGCCAUCCUCCCACCCCCACCCCCACAGUUCAGCGCCUCUCGCCCAUCCUUGCCGGCCCUAGCUUCUCCCCUUCUCUGUCGGAGUCAAUUCCGUUUUCCAACCUCCCCAUCACCCCCCCAGUGCUGGUCUCAGCCUCUCCAGAGAGCCAGCAACCGACAACCCUUUCUCCGUGCCAGUCCUGGCUCCUCUCUCCCGUAUUUAUAAGCGUCCUGUCGGGGCGGGCUGUGGGCGCGGCGUCCCCGGCGCAUAUCGUAGGCAGUGUACCGUGGCCGUGCCGUCAGCGUGUGCGUGUGCGUGUGUGCCGUGUCGAGGCCGUGUAGAGUGCAUUG